AUGUCUGUCUCUCUCACACGGUCCCUUCCCAGGGCCUUCGUAAGGUCUUAUGGCACUGUCCAGUCGUCUCCCACUGCCGCUUCCUUCGCGAGCAGAAUUCCUCCGGCUCUCCAGGAAGCUGUUUCCGCCACUGCCCCGCGCACCAACUGGACUCGCGAUGAAGUCCAACAGAUCUACGAGACGCCCUUGAACCAAUUAACCUAUGCGGCUGCAGCUGUCCACCGCCGCUUCCACGACCCCUCCGCUAUCCAGAUGUGCACAUUGAUGAACAUCAAGACCGGUGGAUGCAGUGAAGAUUGCUCCUACUGCGCCCAGUCUUCCCGGUACAGCACUGGCCUCAAGGCCACGAAGAUGAGCCCCGUCGACGACGUCCUCGAAAAGGCUAGGAUCGCCAAAGCGAACGGCAGCACACGUUUCUGCAUGGGGGCCGCUUGGCGUGACAUGCGAGGUCGCAAGACGAGUCUGAAGAACGUCAAGCAGAUGGUCUCUGGCGUUCGGGAGAUGGGGAUGGAAGUCUGCGUUACGCUAGGCAUGAUUGACGGUGAUCAGGCCAAGGAGCUGAAAGAUGCCGGUCUGACAGCGUACAACCACAACCUCGAUACUUCCCGCGAAUUCUACCCAACGAUCAUCACAACCCGGUCCUACGACGAGCGACUGAAGACCCUGUCCCACGUCCGCGAUGCAGGCAUCAACGUCUGCUCCGGCGGUAUCCUAGGACUCGGUGAGGCCGACUCUGACCGCAUCGGUCUCAUCCACACUGUUUCGUCGCUCCCCUCUCACCCCGAGUCAUUCCCCGUGAACGCCUUGGUUCCCAUCAAGGGCACACCCCUGGGAGACAAGAAGAUGAUCUCCUUCGACAAGCUCCUCCGCACCGUCGCAACCGCCCGAAUCGUCCUCCCCGCAACCAUCGUCCGCCUCGCCGCAGGCCGCAUCUCUCUGAGCGAAGAGCAGCAAGUCUCGUGCUUCAUGGCGGGCGCCAACGCCGUCUUCACCGGCGAGAAGAUGCUAACGACCGACUGCAACGGCUGGGACGAGGACCGCGCCAUGUUCGACAAAUGGGGCUUCUACCCCAUGCGCAGCUUCGAGAAGGAAACUAGUGCCGUCUCCCCGCAGCAACAGAUUGACUCCGUUGCUGAGCCCAAGGACUUGAAGACCCCCGCUGCGCCGGCCGCAGCCACUGAUGCCCUAUGA